AUGGACAGAAACAACGGCCAAAACGACUGCUGGCAGGAUACGACUACGCCGACGGUCCCGGCGUUCGCCUCGUACACAAGCACGCUCGUCGCUCACCCUUCGAUAUCAAUACGGGUUGUGCAGCCUUCGGAGAUCGUCACGCGGCCACGCGUGCUCGAUGAGAUCACGGACGUGAUCAACGCCGUCUACCUGCACGCCUCGGACGGUCUCUGGGCAACGAACAGCGCCCGCACGUCCCUGGAAGAAGUCAAGUCUUUCAUCGAAACGGGAGAGAUGAUAGUCGCGGUGAAAUCCGACGAUUCCGAGGGCAACGACGAGGACGACGGCGAGGACGACGACCCCACCAAUGUUGAGGAGCGGCGGCGGCGGCAACGGCAGAAGACUAAGAGAGAGAACCCCGCCGUCAUCGUCGGCGCGGUCAGACUUGGGUUCCGAUCCGCCCACGUCGCAGACUUCGGCAUGCUGGCCGUCCUGGACGAGUACAAGGGCCUCGGCAUCGGGAACGCACUCCUGAGCUUCAUCGAGGCCGUCGCCCUCGAGAAGGGCGCGCGGAGGAUCCAGCUGGAGAUCCUGGUGCCGCAGAAGUGGAAGCACCCGUCCAAGGAGUUCCUCAAGGGCUGGUACGCGAGGAAGGGCUACGCGUUUCUGGAAAAGGACGACAUCGGACGCCGCCACCCCAAACUCGUCGACCAGCUCGUGGCGGAGUGCGAUUUUGUCGUCUACGAAAAGACCCUGCUAGGGAGAGAGGAAGAAGCAGGAGGAAACAUCGACGGCGCGCCCCCUCGUUGCAUAUCCGAGCUCAAGUUGGUAUCAUCCACGACUUCCUAG